AUGGAUGAACAGGAGGCAUUGAACUCGAUCAUGAAGGAUCUGGUGGCCCUCCAGAUGAGCCGGCGUCCCCGGGUGCCUGCAUAUGAGACCAUGAAGAAUAAAGACACGGGUCACCCAAAUAGGCAGAGUGACGUCAGAAUCAAGUUUGAGCACAACGGGGAGAGGCGAAUUAUAGCAUUCUGCCGGCCUGUGAGAUAUGAAGAUGUGGAGCGCAAGGUGACAACAGUGUUUGGGCAGCCUCUUGAUCUACAUUACAUGAACAAUGAGCUCUCCAUCCUGCUGAAGAACCAAGAUGAUCUUGAUAAAGCUAUUGACAUUUUGGAUAGGAGCUCAAGCAUGAAAAGCCUUAGGAUAUUGCUGCUGCCUCAGGACAGAAACCAUACCAGUUCCUCUCCCCUCUCUGGGGUGUCCAGGCAGGUGCGGAUCAAAGCUUCCCAGUCUGCAGGAGAUAUAAAUACUGUCUACCAGCCCCCUGAGUCCAGAAGCAGGCACCUCUCUGUCAGCUCCCAGAACCCUGGACGAAGUUCACCUCCCCCUGGCUAUGUGCCUGAACGGCAGCAGCACAUUGCCCGGCAGGGGUCCUACACCAGCAUCAACAGUGAGGGGGAGUUCAUUCCAGAGACCAACGAGCAAUGUAUGCUGGAUCCCCUGGACAGUGCUGAAAAUUCCUUGUCGGGAAGCUGUCAAUCCUUGGACAGGUCAGCAGACAGUCCAUCCUUCCGGAAAUCACGAAUGUCCCGAGCCCAGAGCUUCCCAGACAACAGACAGGAGUUCUCGGAUCGGGAAACUCAGCUCUAUGACAAAGGGGUCAAAGGUGGAACCUACCCCCGGCGCUAUCAUGUUUCUGUGCACCACAAGGACUACAAUGAUGGCAGAAGAACAUUUCCCCGAAUACGACGUCAUCAAGGUAACCUGUUCACCCUGGUGCCCUCCAGCCGUUCCCUGAGCACGAACGGCGAGAACAUGGGUCUGGCAGUGCAGUAUAUGGACCCCCGUGGGCGCCUGCGGAGUGCGGACAGCGAGAAUGCCCUCUCUGUGCAGGAGAGGAAUGUGCCAACCAAGUCUCCAAGUGCCCCCAUCAAUUGGCGCCGGGGGAAGCUCCUGGGCCAGGGUGCCUUUGGCAGGGUCUAUCUGUGUUAUGACGUGGAUACAGGACGUGAACUUGCUUCUAAGCAGGUCCAGUUUGAUCCAGAUAGUCCUGAGACAAGCAAGGAGGUGAGUGCUCUGGAGUGUGAGAUCCAGUUGCUGAAAAACUUGCAGCAUGAGCGCAUUGUGCAGUACUACGGCUGUCUGCGGGACCGCGCUGAGAAGACUCUGACCAUCUUCAUGGAGUACAUGCCGGGGGGCUCAGUGAAAGACCAGUUGAAGGCCUACGGCGCCCUGACAGAGAGUGUGACCCGAAAAUACACCCGGCAGAUCCUGGAGGGCAUGUCUUACCUGCACAGCAACAUGAUUGUUCACCGGGACAUCAAGGGAGCCAACAUCCUCCGAGACUCUGCCGGGAAUGUGAAGCUGGGGGACUUUGGGGCCAGCAAGCGCCUGCAGACCAUCUGCAUGUCAGGCCCGGGUAUGCGCUCGGUCACCGGCACACCCUACUGGAUGAGCCCUGAGGUCAUCAGCGGCGAAGGCUAUGGAAGGAAAGCAGAUGUGUGGAGCCUGGGCUGCACUGUGGUAGAAAUGCUGACAGAGAAACCACCUUGGGCAGAGUAUGAAGCCAUGGCCGCCAUUUUCAAGAUUGCCACGCAGCCCACCAACCCUCAGCUGCCCUCCCACAUCUCUGAGCACGGUCGGGACUUCCUGAGGCGCAUUUUUGUGGAGGCCCGACAGAGACCUUCGGCCGAAGAGCUGCUCACACACCACUUUGCACAGCUUGUGUACUGA